AUGACAUUUCAUAUAGUUCAAGUUGAUAGUUCACGUUUAUCUGAAUUUAGUAAUACACCCAUAUCAUUUGAAGUUCAUUCAAUCUACGAUGUUAUCGAUGAUAAUAAUGAACAAAUUAAACUUAUUGAACGACCACUACUUACAUCAUACAUAAAAGAUUACGAUCAAUUACUUAAUUCCGAUUCAUCUCAUUUAUGGUCUAAUAUGGAUACAACUAAUUGGGGAAUUUUUCUUGCAUUCGAUGCAACUCAAAAUGAUAAAGUUAUAGGUGGUGCUAUUGUAGAAAUGCCUGAAUGUGCACUAUGUGAUUUUCGUGUUGAUCCUUCCUAUCGACGUUUAGGAGUGGGAAAAGCAUUAUUUGAAUAUGCUGUUCAAUGGGCUAAACAACAAGGUAAAACCAAACAUAUGAGUAUUGAAACACAAAAUACAAACGUAUCGGCUUGCCGAUUUUAUGCUGCCAUGGGAGCAAAAUUAGGUGAUAUCGAUAGAAAUGCUUAUAUAAAUGAUGAACAAGUUAAACAUGAAAUUCGCCUUAAUUACUACAUUGAUUUAGAAAAAUAA